GGGGGCCGUGAGGCAGGUUCUAUGCCCGUGCUCUUGCUGCAGACGUUGGAAAUAUGGAGGAGCCUGGCAUGCCCCAUGAAUCCUCAGAGGAUCUGUUUCAUUUCAAUGUUGGGGGCUGGCAUUUCUCAGUUCCUAGAAGCAAACUUGCUCAAUUUCCAGACUCACUGCUGUGGAAAGAGGCCUCAGCCUUGACCUCUUCAGAAAACCAGAGGCUAUUCAUUGACAGAGAUGGUUCCACAUUUAGGCACGUGCACUAUUACCUCUACACGUCCAAGCUCUCCUUCUCCAGUUGUGCAGAACUGAACUUGCUUUAUGAGCAAGCGCUGGGUUUGCAGCUGAUGCCUUUGCUGCAGACUCUAGAUAAUCUGAAGGAAGGGAAGCACCACCUCCGCGUGCGGCCUGCAGACAUUCCUGUUGCUGAGAGAGCAUCUCUGAACUACUGGCGAACGUGGAAAUGUAUCAGCAAACCCUCAGAAUUUCCAAUAAAAAGUCCAGCCUUCACAGGUCUGCAUGAUAAGGCACCCCUGGGACUCAUGGACACACCACUGUUAGACACAGAAGAGGAAGUACACUACUGCUUCCUGCCCCUGGACCUGGUGGCCAAAUAUCCAAGCCUAGUGACUGAAGAUAACCUGCUGUGGCUAGUGGAGACUGUGGCCCUGAUCGAGUGCGAGUGCAGCGAGUUCCGCUUCAUUGUGAAUUUUCUCCGCUCACACAAGAUUUUACUACCUGAUAAUUUCUCCAACAUCGAUGUAUUGGAAGCUGAAGUAGAAAUCCUGGAAAUCUGUGAGCUUACAGAAGCUGUACAGUUGUACCGGAUGAAUAUGGCACCCCAACCACAGCCAGGGCCAAAGGGAGUCCUGCUUGGCUGGGAGCAGGAGGAGCUCAGCCUGGGUGGCUGCUCCCGGACCUCCUGUCCUCCCACAAGUCCUGGAAAGGGGGGGCGUGCAGCCAGUCUGGAGUCUAUGAAACCACUGUACAUAAUGGCACUGGGUCUCCUCGUCAAGUAUCCAGACUCUGCACUGGGACAGCUUCGCAUUGAGAGCACACUGGAUGGAAGCAGACUAUAUAUCACAGGGAAUGGGGUCCUCUUCCAGCAUGUCAAGAACUGGCUGGGGACUUGCCGACUGCCCCUGACUGAGACCAUUUCUGAGGUAUACGAGCUCUGUGCCUUCCUGGACAAGAGGGACAUCACCUAUGAGCCAAUGAAAGUGGCUCUGAAGACUCAUCUGGAGCCGAGGACUUUGCCACCCAUGGAUGUGCUCAAUGAGUGGUCAGCAGAGAUCACCAUAUACUCACCCCAACAGAUCAUCAAGGUUUAUGUUGGUAGCCACUGGUAUGCAACCACCCUGCAGACCCUGAUGAAGUAUCCAGAACUGCUGUCCAACCCUCAGAGAGUAUACUGGAUCACCUACGGCCAGACCUUGCUCAUCCAUGGUGAUGGCCAAAUGUUCCGACACAUUCUCAACUUCCUGAGACUUGGAAAACUGUUCUUACCAUCUGAAUUUAAGGAAUGGCCUCUUUUCUGCCAGGAGGUGGAAGAAUAUCAUAUUCCAUCCCUCUCCAAAGCCCUUGCACAAUGUGAGGCAUACAAGCUAUGGACUCAGGAGAAAGAAUCUGAGAAUGAGGAAGCUUUUCCCAGUAGGAAGCUGCAUGUGGUAACUGAAGGGACACAGUCGAUAGUAGAGUUCAGUAGAGAUGCCAAGGAAACCACAGCCUGCAUACCUGUGGACUUCCAAGACUGCAGUGACAGGACUCCAUGGAAUAAGGCCAAAGAGAAUCUGGUCAGGUCCAGCCAGGUAGAAGAGGCUGAACAGUACACUCGGACCAUUCAGGUCUCCCUAUGCCAAAAUGCCAAGAAGGGGGGCAAUCCCAGCACACACUCACACUGCUCUGGCUUGUGUGCCAACCCCAGACAUUGGGGAGGUCACUCUGAGAGUCCUCCCAAGAAGAAGUGUACCACAAUAAACCUCACACAGAAAUCUGAAACCAAAAACACUCCUGUUAACCCCAUGCAAAAACUCAUCUCUUUGGUGAGGGAAUGGGAUAUGGUCAACUGUAAGCAAUGGGAAUUCCAGCCACUGACUGCCUCCCAAAGCAGCUGCUUGGAGGAUGCUACCUUGCAUGUCCCCUCAGGAAGUGAGGCUGCUUCCCAGCCUGGCACCUCAGCUGCUGCCUGGAAAGCUCACUCCAUAGCCUCAGAGAAGGAUAUAGGUCUGCAGACCGGGGCUAGACCUGGAGUGAAAGACAAGGGCCCAGAGCCAACCUUUAAGCCAUACUUGCCCUCAAAAAGAGCCGUCACCCUGAAGGACCGGGGCAAGCAGAGGCCUAAGGAGAGAGAAAAUCCUGCCCCUGAGCAGCCUCUGCCUAAUGCUAAUGGGAUGGACAACCCAGGGGCCAUCCUGAAAGUGACUCAUCCUCCUGUGGUGGGUAGUGAUGGCUCCUGCAUGUUCUUUGAAGACAGCAUCAUCUACACCACCCAGAUGGACCACCUCAGGCAUACACUACUCACAGCCAGGCCCCAACCUCGAGAGGUGACUUUCCUGAGUUUCUCUCUGUCUUGGGAAGAGAUGUUUUAUGCAAAGAAAUGCCACCAUUUCCUGACAGACAUCAUCCUGGAUUCCAUCAGGCAAAAGGAUCCCAAAGCUAUCACAGCCAAGGUGGUGUCCCUGGCCUACCGGCUGUGGACCCUGAACAUCAGCCCCAAGCAGUUUGUGGUAGAUUUGUUGGCCAUCACUGGCUUCAAGGAUGACCGGCACACCCAGGAGCAUCUGUACAGCUGGGUAGAGCUCACACUGCCUUUCGCCAGGAAAUAUGGCCGCUGCAUGGACCUGCUCAUCCAGAGGGGCCUAUCUAAGUCUGUCUCUUACUCAGUCCUAGGCAAGUAUUUACAAGACGGCUAGGGUACC